AAAAGCCAAAGAUGUCGGACGAGCAGCCGCGCGCGAUGGAGAGCCCGAGCCUGGAGCUCAAGCAGCUCGGGCGCGAGACCAAGAGCCUCAAGCACAGGCACAAGAGCAAGCGCGCGCAGCAGCAGCGCCAAGAGGGCGGCGCCAAGCAGGCCGGGGAGCCCAAGCGCUCGCCGACCGCGGCGUCCCCCGGUCGCCACCACGUGCACGGCAAGCGCAACGCCAAGGCCAACCGGGAGGACGCACUGCGCGAGCUGCUGGCGGGCAAGAUCGCGGAGAUCGAAGUGGGUGGCGACGAGAACCUCGAGGCGCCCAUCGACCUCUCGGGGAUUUACCAGGACGAGGUGCUGCCCGUGCAGAUGAAGGAGAAGGCGGAAGCGAGUGAACAGGUGGCUCUGAUGCAGAAGAAGAUCGGAGAGCUCAACGCCAAGUGUAUUUUGCUCAAGCAACGCAAGAGCGCCGUGAGUAGCGAGUUGGUCAAGACGAAUACGUCGAAGGCUAAGCUGGAGCAGCUCUGUCGGGAGCUGCAGAAGCAAAACAAGCUGAUUGUGAGCGAAAGCCGUCGCAUCGCUGACGAAGAGGACCAGAAGAGGCGCGAGCUUUCGGCCCAGUUUCAGAAAACCAUUGAAGAUGUGAGCGCAAAGAUGGAUAAGCAGGGCCAGGACUACGUGGCUUCGUUGAAAGAAAACGAAAAGUACGUCUGUAGCGCUACUAGAUUUCUUCAGCAAAAGCUAAAGGCGUUCCUCGAGCAAUAUACGGCGCGCGAAGAGCACUUCCAGCGACAGCUAGAGGCUAAGGACCUGACAGUCCAGCUAGCGGAAACCAAGCUGCAACACCAGGUAGAGCUCACCGCCCGUGAGGCGGAGAAGGUGAAGAUCACUCUCGACAAGGCCAAGGAGUUUUCCGACCGCGAGGUUCAGCUGCAGGCGCAACUCAACUCGUACUCAGAGAAAUUCGACGUGGUGCAGGAAACGCUGACGAAAAGCAAUCAGAUGUUCACUACUUUCCGGGAGGAGAUGGACAAGAUGGCCAAAACGACCAAGAAGCUGGAGAAGGAGAACCUGGCGCUCAGAAAGAAGUGCGCAGCGUACGACAGCGGUGCGAUCGCAUCUAUUCAGGAGAAGGUGGCGUCUGCGGAGGAGACGCAGAAGCUGCAGGAGAAGCUCAAGAAGCUGGAGAGUCUGUGUCGUCACUUGCAGGCGGAGCGCAAUAGCUUCCGGCAGGCCCAGCAAGGCCAACCAACUGCCGCUACC